AUCCCGUACUCUGUUCUCAUUUUCAUUCCGCCACUCGAGAUCGUGUGCCCGUCCAAACGACGUGUCCAACCUCAGCCUCGCCAAUGUGUUGCUCUCAGUCUGAGCCAUGCCCUCAGAAAGCACAAAACCAACUCCGAGUGAAUUUUCGGAGUGUGUAGUGAAUCCAGUUGGGUGUAUAUUCGCCUUCGUAUGCGUCUUUCUGCGUUUGCGUCGCUUGAGAAAGAUGAUGGUAGGAGACAAAAAGAUGGAAGAUGGGGCAAAAGAUGAGAUGGAAGGGAAACGAAGAUCAGACGGUGGGAUACGUCAGAUAUAUACGAAGGAGGGUGGGCAACUGGUUGUCGUCGAUCGAAGUUUUCGAGAAAUUGUAAUGCUGCUAGCCCCAAACAGGAAGUGGGUUUCUCCAGAUUCAAGAGGUUAACGGCAAAGAUUGGCGCAAAAAGUGUGCUGCCUUUUUUUUCUUUGUAUCUUGUCCACUUCACUUUAAUUCUAAUAUUGAUUUAAUAAUAGCAGAACAACGUCAGAGAAUGCAAUGAAAAUGU